AGCAAAAAAAAUUACCAUUCGCAAGCCAAAAUUAACCAUUUUGUAAUUACCGGCCUUCGGGGGAAAAACAAAAAGAUCACCGGCCACCUCGCGUCUACGGACCGAAUCAAUCAACUAGCCACCGGACUUCACUUCCCCAAACCCCCAGUUCCGCGGGGGCUUUUCGUUUUUCGCUUGCUUUCUCCCCAACCAAGCAGCCUGAUUAUCUCAUCUCCCUCGGUUACUUUCUUUCUUCUCACUACAUCUAAGAUUCCCUUCCUUUUUUAUACACUCACUUACAAGUCGCCUCUAAAAACACCAUGAAACCUCCCUAAAAGCACCCGCGCUCUAGAUCAAUCCGAACCCCUUAUGGAUUUCGUAGAGCUGGAGGCGAUCGAGGGACUGCGUUGGUCCUGGAACGCAUGGCCCACGACGAAGAAUGAAGUCGCGUCCCUUAUAAUUCCACUUAGCAUCAUGUGCACGCCACUGAUGCAAUCUUCAGAGCUCCCAAUUCUCCCGUAUGAACCCCUUACUUGUACUCGAUGCGGCGCUAUCUUAAACCCUUACGCUCGCGUGGAUUACCAGUCUCGCAUUUGGGGUUGUCCCUUCUGCUACCAGAAAAAUUCUUUUCCGAUUUCUUACUCGGGUAUUGGCGAAGCUAAUCUUCCAGCAGAACUUUUUCCCACUUAUAGCACCGUAGAAUACAAAAUCGAUAAGAUCGAUACCAAAUUUGCUUCCAGUUCGCAUUUGGGUUAUAGUUGGGCAAAUGGUUUGUCUUCAUCUAAUACAUCUUUGUCGUCGAUGACAUCAUUGGGGACUCCGAGAAUAGCAGCUGGUGUAGGUGGUGGUGGGGAGUUGAAGGGGAUUGGACCUGCGUUUGUGUUUGUGGUGGAUGCGUGUACAGCCGAAGAGGAGCUGAGGGCGGUUAAAAAUGAGCUUUUGUUGGUCAUUGAGCAGUUACCAGAAAAUGCGCUGGUCGGCUUGGUUGCGUUCGAUUCAAUGGUUAGGGUUUAUGAUCUGGGAUUCUCGGAGUGCUCGAGGGUGGUGGUGUUCCAUGGUGAACGUGAGAUUUCAUCGGAGCAGAUACAACAAUUUCUGGGUGUACGUAGCACCAAAUUGCAGCAACUUGGAAAAAAACCAUUUGUUCAGAAUCCGGGAUUUUUGCUGCCUAUAUCUGAAUGUGAGUUCAAUAUUACUACAGCAGUUGAAGAAAUUUGUUCCUUAGCAGUAGUCAUGCCUGGUCAUCGACCUCAAAGGUGCACUGGAGCAGCAAUAUCAGUUGCAGUUGGACUUCUUGAGGGAUGUUCAGUGCUUACAGGUUCAAGGAUUAUGGUCUUCACUUCUGGCCCUGCAACAUUGGGCCCUGGGAUGAUUGUGGAUUCAGAUCUUAGUAAUGCCAUUAGAACUCAUAGAGACCUCAUCAAUGGUCAUGCUUCUCACUAUAGAAAAUCUUGCAGCUUCUAUAGUAGGUUAUCUCAGAGAUUAUCUGAUGCAUCUGUUGUUCUUGAUUUAUUUGCUUGUUCCCUUGAUCAAGUAGGAGCAGCAGAGCUAAAAGCCCCAGUUGAGAGGUCUGGCGGAUUCAUGAUGUUAGGAGAGCUAUUUGAGUCUGAUCAAUUCAGAAAAUGCCUGCGGCACAUUUUUGGUCGUGAUGAAGAAGGGAGUUUGAAGAUGUAUUUUGAUGCAACAAUUGAGGUGAUCACCACAAAAGACGUAAAGAUCUGCGGAGCACUUGGACCUUGUGUUUCUCUUAGGAAAAAUAAUGGUUUAGUGAGUGACCGUGAGACUGGGGAGGGUGGCACUUAUGCAUGGAAGUUGGGCACACUAACUAAUAAAACAUGCUUAACUUUCUUAUUUGAAGUGGGUGAUGAGCAGAAGGCCCAUCCUGGGUCUGCCUUUUUUAUACAGUUUAUAACACGUUACCGACAUGGAAACAUGGGAAUCCGGAAAAGGGUUACCACAGCUGCAAGAAGAUGGGUCGGCAAUAAGUCUGCAGAAAUCACUUCCGGUUUUGAUCAGGAAGCAGCAGCUUCAGUCAUGGCCAGACUUGCCAUUCACCGAGCAGAAACAUGCUAUGCUCGAGAUGUCGUGAGAUGGCUGGAUGACAAUCUUAUUUGUUUUGCUUCCAAGUUUGGUGACUAUAUCCAAGAAGAUGCAUCGACCUUCCGCUUAUCAACAAACUUCUCUCUUUACCCUCAGUUCAUGUAUUAUUUAAGGAGGUCCCAAUUUAUAGAUGUUUUCAACAGUACUCCUGAUGAAACUGCAUUCUUCCACCUGAUGUUGAACCGUGAAGGAGUUGUUGGUUCCCUUAUCAUGAUACAACCUACACUUUUUCAGUAUUCUUUCGAUGGCCCUCCAAUUCCAGUCCUCCUAGAUGUUCGAUCCAUCUCACGUGAUGUUAUUUUGCUCUUUGAUUCUUACUUCCAUGUGGUGAUUCAUUAUGGAUCCAAGAUUGCUCAGUGGAGGAAACUUGGCUAUCACAAAGAUCCAAACCAUGAGAAUUUGAGAAAGCUGCUGGAAGCUCCUGAAAUUGACGCAGAGCAAUUGGUGGUAGAACGAGUUCCUGCACCAAAACUGAUAAAAUGUGACCAACACAGUAGUCAGGCCAGGUUCCUUCUUGCUAAGUUGAAUCCAUCCGUUACUCAGAACUCAACAUACACAGAAGGAUCAGAAAUCAUACUCACUGAUGAUUUGAGCUUGCAAGAUUUUAUAGAUCACUUGCAAACCCUGGCAGUGAAGGCUUAACCAAGAGGAGAGAUUGUACAGAUUUUUCUCUUCUGGUUCUUUUGGGUUUUGUUUCGCUUGGUAAAGCUAGGAAGGUGAGUGUAUAUUGCUUGCGAGAGUUGAGUUGUCUGGUUGUUGUACCACAGACAGUUGCUUGCAUACAUGUUGAGGAUAACGUAUAUUAUUAUCUUUUAUCCUUUUAAGCGGCUUUUUUUUGUCGGUCCCUUGUGUUUUGAGUUGAUGGCAUCAACGGAUCAUGAUACUAUAAAUUGAGCAUGUUUUAUUUUCUGAAAUUUAUCUUAAUACAAUGUGUUCAUUCAUCUAGCAUCC